AUGGCAGCACGUGGAGGUGUAAACUCGAAGGGUGAAGUCGCACCUCAACCUGUCAAAGUUCAACGAUAUUGGCCCGGAAAAGUUCCGGAAGGAAUACAUGAUUACUCUUCGGAAGAAGAAGAAGAGGAACAAUUCGAAAGAGAAAGGGAAACCGAAAUUAUAACUACUAUUGAAAAAGUAGAUAUAACGGAAAAAGAUGCUGCUUCAGACCGCAGACUAAGAAGGUUAAAAGAGGCCAAGGAAGCUGGAUCUUCUGAAGUAAUUGAUAGAAGACGAAGACAUUUUAAAGAAGAGGAACAAGAUGUCAGAGAUCAACAGUUACGUAAAGUGGAUCAAGAUGCUGAAGUAAUCUUAGAGGAGGAAGAGGAUGAUUUAGCACUUCGUCGACAGCGUUUAAGAGAUCGUGUAUUAGAACAACGAAAACAAGAAGAAGAGCAAUUAAAGGUUAUAGAAGAGGCAGAAAAGGCUCAGGCCACUCAAACAGAAGAGGAG